AAAAUAACCGUCUUGGAAAAAAUAUCAAAAGUUGUUCAAUCUCGUACAAUCUUUAUUUCCAUUUCAUGAAUUAUUACGAGUUAAAUGUAUGAAAAAGUAGAAUUAAUAUUUUAGAGGUGUAUUAAGUUGAUAUUGGAGAUGGUUUCGAUUUUCUAAGGCGUGGAGUAUUAUGUUUGAUUGAAGGUAUACUACGUUUUUACGAAAUUGAACUUCGGUAUGGCGGAAAAUAAUACAUCUCGUUUAUAUUCAACUCCAUUGGAUACCUGCACCUCGUUUAUUUCUCCCUCAACGUUGAAUCUCACCGAAGACAGCGGUUAUUAUUCGGGAUUCAUCAACACAAGUACCAACCGAUCAUGUUUAUCUGGUCAAACGUACGUCGACUUUGUCGAGUACUUAGGCGACAAAUACCACCAAGAAAUGAUACUUAAAAAGAUUCUUCAAAACUUGAGCGACGAAGAUUUGCACAGUUGUUCGCUCGUAUCGAAAUUAUGGCGAGACAUAAUUGUAUGUAUACCUUCCGUAAAGAAGCGAUUACACGACUACGUAAAGAAAAUUGAACGUAAUAAAGAAAAUCGAAAAACGAACACCCCGAAAAAAACCAAUUCGCAAGAAGUACGAUGUUUUAGCACGUUAACGCCUAGGCAUAGGCUAGCUCAAAUCCAAAACAUACAAGAGUCUACAUCCUCGUCUUCUGCUAGUCCGCCUUCUUCAAAGCUUAAUUUUCGUUUCGAAGCAUAUCAGAAAGAAGCUCGUAAACUGAAGACAGGCAACCAAUUAUACUCGUGCCCCAAAUGUAAACUACCAUCCCAUGUAGAUCCAUCAACUAAGAAUACCGCUGUAUGUACCAAUUCAACGUGUUAUUAUCGUUUCUGCAUUAUUUGCCAGUGCGAAGAACACUUAUCUAAAUCCUGCUAUUAUAUUACAACUCCCGUCUUACGUGAACGAUGCGAUAAUAUUGGUACAGCGAAAAAUAAAAAGAGAUUGAAACGAUUGCUGCUGUGAAAGAUGUUUUCAAUUUUAUUACUGUGAUAUUUUUUUUAAGUAUUUUCUUUUAUAUUUCUAACAUUUGUUAUGUAUUAAGUUUUCAUGAAACCAGUGAAAUUUUGAAAAAUAAUUUUUUACGUGAAAUAAUGCUCGGGUUUUGAAAAAUUCAAUUGAAAAUCCAGUUCAAAAAAAAAUUGAAUUUUUGCAUUUAGAAUAAUGUAUUUCAUUUUAUCGAAUUCAACGAAUCAUUCUCGUAAUUUUUACAUAUUUUUAUAUUUUACCUUUUUUAAUUUUUUUACUAUUCAUUUUUAGUGUUUUUAUAUUUUCGAACAAAGUAAGAACCUUAAGCGUUAAUUGAUGUGCCAUAAUCAAUUGCAUUUAAAAUGUGUA